AUAAAUCAACAAGUUCGUUCUCCCGAUGCCGUGUUCAUUGAGAGAGACAGGGAGAGAGGGAGAGACCGAGCGCAAUUGAUGGGCUCCCCCGAAGCAGAGAAGCAUCAUGCCGUGUGCAUCCCUUAUCCUUCUCAAGGGCACAUAAACCCCAUGCUUCAGCUAGCCAAGAUCCUCCACAGCCUCAGCUUCCACAUCACCUUCGUCCUAACUGAAUUUAACUAUAACCGCCUACUUCGAUCACAAGGCCCAGACUCCAUCAAGGGCCUCGCCGACUUCCGCCUCGAGGCCAUCCCGGACGGCCUUCCCAUUUCUGAAGAUGACGCAACGCAGGACGUCCCCUCUCUCUGUGAAUCCACAACAAAGAACUUUCUCGCCCCCUUCUGCAGUUUCAUCACCAAGCUCAAUGAAAGUUCCCCUCCCGUCUCGUGCAUCGUCUCUGACGGUGUGAUGACCUUCACCCUGGAUGCCGCUCGAGCUUUCGGCAUCCCAGAGGUCCUCCUCUGGACCGCCAGCGCCUGCGGUUACCUCGCCUAUCUCCACUAUCAGCACCUGCUCGAUCGUGGCAUCAUUCCGCUCAAAAGUGCGGAGGAUAUGAACAACGGCUUUCUUGACACCAGAGUGGAUUGGAUUCCAGGGCUUACUGAUGGCAUGUCUCUCAAAGAUUUUCCCUCCUUCAUCCGCACAACUGAUUCCGAAGACAUCAUGCUCAACUAUUUUAUACGCGAAACUGGUCGAGCCUCCAUGGCUGAUGCCAUCAUGAUCAACACCUUCGACGACCUUGAUGCCUCUACACUGGACUCUCUGCAAAAGAUCCUCCCUCCCAUCUACACCGUCGGUCCGCUCUCUGUCCUCACUCGCCGUGUUGUUCCAAACGAAAGCCCUGUCACUGCCAUCACUGCCAGCCUAUGGAAGGAGGACAAUACGUGCCUUGCUUGGCUUGACAGUAAGCCGCCUGAGUCUGUUGUAUACGUUAACUUCGGAAGCAUAACUGUGAUGACAAAUGAGCAACUAAUCGAGUUCGCGUGGGGACUGGCGAAUAGCCACUACAAUUUUCUUUGGGUUAUCCGACCUGACCUCGUGAAAGGAGAAUCCGCUGUGUUGCCGCCAGAGUUCAUGGAGGAGACUAAAGAGAGAGGGCUGAUGGCAAGCUGGUGCGUGCAGGAAGAGGUGCUUACACACCCGGCGGUUGGUGUUUUCCUGACCCACUCCGGUUGGAACUCGACACUAGAGAGCUUAUGGGGCGGUGUUCCAAUGAUUUGCUGGCCUUUCUUUGGAGAGCAACCGACGAAUCGCAAGUACGCAUGCACCGAUUGGGGGGUGGGGAUGGAGAUUGACAAUAAGGUGAAAAGGAAUGAGUUGGAGGAAGUGAUAAGGGAGAUGAUGGGGGGAGAAAAUGGAAAGAAGAUGAGGGAGAAAGCCGUGGAAUGGAAGGAAAGCGCAGCCAAGGCCAUUGGUCCCAAUGGCAGCUCAGUGCUCAACUUGCACAGGGUUGUGAAUGACGUUUUAAGAAGAAAUUAAUUAAAAGAGAAAUUUUAAGCCGUUGUAUUUAUUAUAGGAUUAUGGAACUGCAUACAUAGUGUUUGCAGCCAUGGAGUAAGGCUUGUGAUAAUAUAUUUAACUAUUUGAAUAUGCGACCUAGAUUU